AUGACUGAAAAACGUGAAUUUGAUCUGGUCAUUUUUGGAGCCACCGGGUAUACCGGCUUUUUCAUGGUCCGAGAGCUGCUGCAGGUGAUUGCGGAAAACCCAGCCGAGUACUCAUCUCUUAAAUGGGCAGUUGCUGGAAGAAACUUAACAAAACUCAAUGAAACACUGGCCAAGCUGGCUCAAGAGCUCAAUGUCAAUCUGUCAAAAGUGGACAAAAUCAAAGCAGAUGUCGGCGACGCUGAUUCACUACUAAAAAUGGCAGAAAAAACUUUGCUGAUAGUCAAUGUUGUUGGCCCAUUUCAGCUGUACGGCAAACAAGUUGUGGACGCCUGUGUUCGCUCUGGAACGCAUCACAUUGACAUUAGCGGAGAGUCGACGUACAUUGAAAGUUCGCAGAUUGAGUAUGACGCCAAGGCACAGGAAAGCGGAUCACUGAUCAUUUCCACUUGCGGCUGGGACUCCAUUCCUAAUGAUGUCGGUGUCGAUUUUCUAAAGAAGCACUUUGAAGGGAAACUACAUUCGGUGGAAAGCUUUAUGCGAUUCCAUUUUGGCCCAAAGGAAACUUUGGCACGUUUCAAUCGGCAUACACCUUCAUAUCCGACUACUUUAGCUACAGGCGAACGCACUCUCAACUGUACAAAGAAGUGCUCACUGAAAAGCUUCCUCAAAGUCGAAUGUCACUGCCUAUGA